AUGCUUAUUUGUGAUGGCAACAAAACAAUGCUGAUUCAGAGCUUCACUGCCAUGUUGAAAGUGAUCCUGGCCACAGCUGGGACCCAGUUUGACCUUCGGACUCUGAGAGCUGUUCGAGUGCUGAGGCCGUUGAAGCUUGUCUCCGGAAUCCCAAGUUUGCAGGUGGUCCUGAAGUCCAUCAUGAAGGCAAUGGUGCCCCUCCUUCAGAUUGGGCUGCUUCUCUUCUUCGCCAUUGUGAUGUUUGCCAUAAUCGGACUGGAGUUCUACAUGGGCAAGUUUCACAAAGCGUGUUUCUCCAAUGAAACAGAAGAGAGGGUGGGAGAGUUCCCCUGUGGUGAGGAGUCACCUGCCAGGCAGUGUGAUAAAGGAGCCGUGUGCCAAAAGUACUGGGAAGGCCCCAACUUUGGAAUUACCAACUUUGACAACAUCCUGUUUGCUGUGCUCACAGUCUUCCAGUGCAUCACCAUGGAAGGGUGGACAGACAUCCUCUACAAUACAAAUGAUGCUGCAGGAAACACCUGGAACUGGCUUUACUUCAUCCCGCUCAUCAUCAUUGGUUCCUUUUUCAUGCUUAACCUGGUUCUUGGUGUGUUGUCAGGGGAGUUUGCCAAAGAGCGAGAGAGAGUUGAAAACCGUCGGGCCUUCUUAAAACUCCGGAGGCAGCAGCAGAUUGAAAGAGAACUCAAUGGCUACUUGGAGUGGAUCUUUAAGGCAGAGGAGGUGAUGUUAGCUGAGGAAGACAAGAAUGCUGAAGAGAAGUCCCCUUUGGAUGGGAGGGCCACUUCUGAAGGCCCAAUUUUGAGAGGCACAACAGCGGUGGAGAUUAGCAGCGGCGGCAGCUAUAACAUGUUGAAAAGGGCCACAAUAAAGAAGAGCAAAAAUGACCUUAUCCACGCUGAAGAGGGAGAGGACCACUUCACAGAUGUUUGCUCUGUUGGAUCACCCUUUGCCCGUGCCAGCUUGAAGAGUGGUAAGAAUGAAAGCUCCUCCUACUUCCGCAGGAAAGAGAAGAUGUUCCGCUUCUUCAUCCGGCGCAUGGUGAAAGCACAAAGCUUCUAUUGGAUUGUCCUGUGUGUUGUUACCCUUAACACACUGUGUGUUGCCAGUGUCCACUAUGACCAACCAGAAGGGCUCACUACAGCACUAUAUUUUGCAGAGUUUGUUUUCCUUGGUCUGUUCCUUACUGAGAUGUCCCUGAAGAUGUAUGGCCUGGGGCCAAGGAAUUAUUUCCAUUCCUCAUUCAACUGCUUUGACUUUGGGGUGAUUGUGGGCAGUAUCUUUGAAGUCAUCUGGGCGGCCGUGAAACCUGGAGCAUCCUUUGGCAUCAGUGUGUUGAGGGCUCUUCGACUGCUGAGGAUUUUCAAAGUCACCAAGUACUGGAACUCCCUGAGGAAUCUAGUGGUCUCCUUGCUGAAUUCUAUGAAAUCCAUUAUCAGUUUGCUGUUUCUUCUCUUCCUCUUCAUUGUUGUAUUUGCUUUGCUGGGGAUGCAGCUCUUUGGAGGACAGUUUCAUUUUAAUGAUGAAACACCAACCACCAAUUUUGAUACUUUCCCCACAGCCAUUCUGACUGUAUUUCAGAUUCUGACCGGGGAAGACUGGAAUGCAGUGAUGUACCAGGGGAUAGAAUCUCAAGGGGGUGUCCACUCAGGAAUGUUCUCUUCGAUCUACUUCAUUGUCUUGACGCUGUUUGGUAACUAUACGCUGUUGAACGUCUUCUUGGCCAUCGCUGUGGACAACCUUGCCAAUGCACAAGAGCUGACCAAGGAUGAAGAGGAGAUGGAGGAAGCUACCAAUCAAAAACUGGCCCUGCAAAAGGCCAAGGAGGUAGCAGACGUUAGUCCCCUGUCUGCAGCUAACAUUUCCAUAGCAGCCAAACAGCAGAACGCCUCCAAGUCGAAAUCUGUGUGGGAGCAGAGAACCAGCCAGAUCCGUAUGCACAAUUUUCGGACCAGCUGUGAAGCGUUAUAUAACGAACUGGACCCAGAGGAUAGGGUGCGCUAUGCUACCACCCUCCACAUUCGUCCAGACAUGAAAACUCAUUUGGAUCGGCCCCUGGUGGUUGAGCCAAGGAGUGGCGAAGGCCCCAAUGGCAAUGGAAGUAAGCUAAGCCCCACCGAUGUUCAGGAAUCAGCAGAGCAGGCCAAGACUGAGCCGGCCGAGGGCACUGAGGGUCCCCGGAAGCACCAUCGACACAGAGACAAAGACAAGGCUGUGGAGCAGGAAAAGAGCAAUGUGCCAAAGGAAGAGAAUGGGGAAUCUGGCACAAACAACAAGGAGGAGCGCCACAGGCCUCACAGGAGCCGGAGCAAAGAGGGAGAGGGUGGCGGCAAAGAGGGGAAAAGCGAGUGCAGCAGAACCCAGGAAGGAGGUCGGCGGCAUCACCGCCGCGGUUCAGUGGAAGAAGGAGCUGAGAGGGAACACAGACGCCACCGCAGUCACCGGCACCUGGUGGAGCGACAAGCCAAGGAAGGCAAUGGCACAGUCAAUGGCGCCAAGACGGAGCGCCGCUCACGGCACCGAGGAGGAUCCAGGCCUGGGAAUCGGGAAGGAGAUCCCGGCUCUAAAGGAGAGGGUGGCGAAGAACCUCACAGGCGACACAGGAUGCGUCAUAAGGCACUAUCGACCUAUGCAGCGGCGUAUUUACCUAGGGACAGGAGGUACCCUCCCCAGGCGCCACUGAUCUGGUCAUGUGGGGAGGGGUGCAAAAUUGGGCCCCAACAUGGCCAGGAAGAUGGCAAGGCAGCAGGAAGUCCUCCUGCUUUGUCAUCUUCUGGUGCCCUCAACCCCGCCCAUGUUGUCAUCAACAUGUGUGGGGCCAAGGAAGCGAAAGGACCCCCAAAUCUCACUCCCCCUCCUGGCUGCCAGUUCCCCUCAAACCCCACUCCCCUCCCAGCUCUGAGCCGGCAGCUGGCAGUCCCUUCUGCCCUCCCCUCUGGAAGGGAAGGUCAAUGUGACACAGAGGCUGGUGGGAGUGUAAUCGUUGCUCCACUGCACACCCUGCCUAGUACCUGUCUACAGAGAGUGCCUGAACAGCCAGAGGAUGCUGACAACCAGAAGAAUGUCACCCGCAUGGGUCAGCCAUCACUGGAGAAAACCACCACUGUGAAUAUUCCGGUCACUGUCACUGCUCCUCUGGGGGAAGCUACCGUCAUUCCAAUUAAUAAUGUUGAAUUUGAAACAAAAACAGAAGAGAAGAAAGACAUGGAUGCUGAUGACUUGACGAAAAAUGGACCGAAACCAAUUCUACCUUACAGCUCCUUGUUCAUCCUCAGUCCUACCAACCCAAUCCGGCGCCUUUGCCAUUACAUUGUGAACCUCCGUUACUUUGAAAUGGUCAUCCUCAUUGUGAUAGCCCUGAGCAGCAUUGCGUUGGCUGCUGAAGACCCAGUUCAAGCCGAGUCGCCAAGGAAUGAGGCUCUCAAGUAUCUGGAUUACAUAUUCACUGGUGUCUUUACUUUUGAGAUGGUGAUAAAGAUGAUUGACCUGGGCCUGAUCCUGCACCCUGGCUCCUAUUUCCGUGACCUCUGGAACAUCCUGGAUUUUAUUGUGGUCAGUGGGGCUCUUGUGGCCUUUGCCUUUUCGAGUGUCAUGGGACAAAACAAAGGCAAAGAUAUCAACACAAUCAAGUCCCUGCGAGUUCUGAGAGUCCUCCGGCCUCUGAAGACGAUCAAACGCCUGCCAAAAUUCUCUGCCUUCGAGAGCACGGAAGCAGAGGAUACAGAGGGUCUUGGAGAGAAACUUUAUCAAACUACCUCCGAUAGUAAAGAGGAAAUGCCUGAGGAAAUGCCAACAAAUGGGACUGAGAGUGAAGAAAGUACUCAGGAGGAGGGGGAAAUGGCUAGUAUGGCUUUCCCUAAUGGCUUCUACUCAAGAACUCUGGCUGAGAUUGCAGACCAGUGUAUGCUGUCAGCAAGAUCAUUUCAGCUUAUUGAGAAGAGGCUUACUUCAGUGGCAGCACACCUGCCUAACAGACAUCAAAGAGAUCUGCUUGGAACAGGGGUCUUUCCUAGGGCUAAAGCUCACCAAGGAAUGAAUAUGGCUCCAUCUCCCACUUCUUCAACUACUAAGAGUCCUGAGGCCUGCAGACAACCACCAGUGAGAGAUCCCUUGCGUGAGACGGUGUUCCUGGGUUGCAAGACCCUUGAAAAUGAUGUAAGCUCAUCUUUCAAACUCCUGCCACAGAAUGAACAGGAGGCAGUCCUGCAGCGAAUUGGUCAAAUGAGGACCCACCUAUAUGAAAGGUACAACUGGCAGAAACUCCAGAAACAAGUUGGAGAUGAGUUCAACAGGGAGACGAAUGACAGGAGUUUGCUGAAUGUCUCCCAGGAAAUGGAGGGUCGGCAAGAAAUGGAGGAAGCUUGGCAAAAUCUGGAGGUCAAUAUUGAGAGUGCCACCUCUAAGGGCCAGUAUUUGGAUUAUGAGAAGGAUGAGGUGGAAGCUCAACCCAGGAAGUGGAAUAAAUAUGAAUUCCACUAUGACAACGUUCUCUGGGCUUUACUGACACUGUUCACGGUGUCUACGGGAGAAGGAUGGCCAACCGUUUUGAAGCAUUCCGUUGAUGCAACGUACGAAAACCAAGGCCCAAGCCCCGGUUUCCGGAUGGAGAUGUCUAUCUUUUAUGUGGUGUAUUUCGUUGUCUUCCCUUUCUUCUUUGUCAACAUCUUUGUGGCUUUAAUCAUCAUCACCUUCCAGGAGCAGGGUGACAAAGUUAUGUCUGAAUGCAGCCUAGAGAAAAAUGAGAGAGCCUGCAUAGACUUCGCCAUAAGUGCCAAACCUCUAACCCGCUACAUGCCUCAAAACAAGCAGUCGUUCCAGUACAAGAUGUGGAAAUUUGUGGUGUCUCCUCCUUUUGAGUAUUUUAUCAUGGUCAUGAUUGCACUCAACACCAUUGUGCUGAUGAUGAAGUUCUAUGACGCUCCAGCUCCGUAUGAAGAAAUGCUGAAAUGCCUCAACAUUGUGUUUACCUCCAUGUUUUCAUUGGAGUGUGUGUUGAAGAUCAUUGCCUUCGGUGCACUGAAUUACUUUCGUGAUGCCUGGAACAUCUUUGAUUUUGUCACUGUCUUGGGAAGUAUUACUGAUAUUUUAGUAACGGAGAUUGCGGACACGGACAAUUUCAUCAACCUCAGCUUCCUUCGACUGUUCCGGGCUGCAAGACUCAUCAAACUCCUUCGCCAGGGCUACACCAUCCGGAUUUUGCUCUGGACCUUCGUCCAGUCUUUCAAGGCCUUGCCAUACGUGUGUCUCCUUAUUGCGAUGCUGUUCUUCAUCUAUGCCAUUAUUGGCAUGCAGGUCUUUGGAAACAUUGCGCUGGAUGAUGACACAUCCAUUAAUCGCCACAACAACUUCCGAACAUUCUUGCAAGCCCUGAUGCUACUUUUUCGGAGCGCUACUGGGGAAGCGUGGCAUGAAAUCAUGCUCUCAUGCCUCAGCCAUCAAGCCUGUGACAAGCUCUCCAAACUCAGCAAAAACGAAUGCGGCAGUGACUUUGCCUAUUUCUACUUUGUCUCCUUCAUCUUCCUCUGUUCCUUUCUGAUGUUGAACCUGUUUGUGGCUGUGAUCAUGGACAACUUUGAGUACUUGACACGAGACUCUUCCAUCCUAGGACCCCACCAUCUUGAUGAAUUCAUUCGCGUUUGGGCAGAGUAUGACCCCGCAGCCAGUUGCCGGAUUCAUUAUACGGAUAUGUACAAUUUAUUACGAGCUAUUGCUCCACCUCUGGGCUUAGGAAAGAAGUGUCCACAUAGGGUGGCAUACAAGCGCUUGGUGAGGAUGAACAUGCCCAUCUCGAACGACGAUCUGAGCGUUCACUUCACAUCUACGCUGAUGGCCUUGAUCCGGACUGCCCUGGAAAUCAAACUUGCAUCAGGUGAGGUGGGGGUCCUGCAGCACCAGUGUGAUGCUGAACUGAGGAAGGAGAUCUCCCUGGUUUGGCCCAAUCUCUCCCAAAAGACUUUAGAUCUAUUGGUACCUCCUCUUAAACCUGAAGCAAUGACAGUGGGAAAGGUCUAUGCAGCCCUCAUGAUAUUUGAUUUCUACAAGCAGAAUAAAAAUACCCGAGAACCAGGUCAUCCAGCCUCUGGCCAGACUGGAACAGUCUCCCUAUUCCACCCGUUGAAAGCUGCCCUGGAGCAAAGCCAGCCAGUAUUCCCCACCGCUUUCCUUCGUCAAAAGAGCUCAGCUUCUCUCAACAAUGGUGGGGCUUUACCGCCACCAGAAGGAAGAGGGAUCAAGGAGUCCGUUUCUUGGGGAACUCAACGAACUCAGGAUGUGUUUUACGAAACCAGAACACGAGCAGUUGAGCGAGGCCACUCGGAGGAAAUUGCUGUGGAUCAGACAAGCAAACAGGUAGUAGAAAUGCAAGAAAUCAGCCCAACGCUAGCCAAUGGUGAACAGCAGCCUGGUUUGGAAAGCCAGGGGCGAGCCGCUUCCAUGCCACGUUUGGCGGCUGAAACUCAGAGGAGCCGAGCACGGUCACCGGGGAGAUACCUAGCACCCAUCCCAGACACAAGCCCCAUGAAGCGUUCCAUCUCCACACUGAACCCCCAGCGCCCCCAUGCCACGCACCUCUACGAACAUUCCCGACCAGCAGAGCACACCCACCACCACCACCACCAUCGCUGCCAUCGACGGAAAGAGAAGAAACAGAAGUCCAUUGACAAGCCCUCAAACAAUCUGGCUGCUGGGUCUGUUGCUCCAGCGAUAGACCCUCAGUGUGAAAUUAAAAACAAUGGCAGUGGCUCAGGUAAUGGGAGCCCCCUGCUGUCAACCUCUGGUGCUAGCACCCCAUGCCGUGGCCGGAGACAGUUGCCGCAGACGCCGCUGACCCCGCGCCCCAGCAUCACGUACAAGACUGCCAACUCCUCGCCUGUGCACUUCUCCAGUUUCCAAACUGGCCUGCCGACCUUCUCCCCAGGGCGCCUGAGCCGCGGUCUGUCAGAGCACAAUGCAUUGUUGCAUGGAGACUCACAGGGCCCCUCGCAGACCCUGGUGGCCCGAAUCGGUUCGGACCCUUACUUGGGGCACCGGGAGGACAGUGACAGUCCGUAUCAUAUCGUGCCCGAGGACACGCUUACCUUUGAGGAGGCUGUUGCUACUAAUUCAGGAAGAUCCUCCCGGACUUCUUACGUCUCCUCUUUGACUUCCCAGUCGCACCAAAUCCGCAGAGUCCCCAAUGGGUACCAUUACACUUUGGGCCGUGGCUCCGGCCCUGGGACCAGCACCAGAGCAUGUAGCUAUUACCACGAAAGGGAUGAAGAUGAUUGGUGCUAGCAGGAAAAGGUCUGGUUUUUGCACACUGGAAAUUGAUGAGUUUUAUCAUCCAGAAAGCUGUGUCUGUCUGUCUGUCUGUGCGCUCAGCCCCAUGGCAGUCAGGGCUUGGAGGGGGAAGCACAAAAUGCUUUCCUGGUGGAACUCCUCACUCCCAGAAGACUGCCCUGCUUGCGUGCACAAAGCCAUCGGAGAUGCCUCUGUUUUUGCAGCUUAUCUCUCCUUUUGCACUACAGAGUGAUGGAUCGGGAACGGAAGGCUGUUCCUUACAAGGGGGUGGGGGCAGCUUGCUCCUGCUGCACUCCUCACUGCCUUGCCUAGGUAAAUGUCACCCCCCCCCUCCAGAUGACACAACUGUUACUCAAGCAAAGAGCCCAAGAGGAAGUCUUCAUGGGACUGGAACCUUUGCAGAGUUCAGGAUGACUGGGGUAUAUAAAGAAGAAAGGAACUGGCAUGUACAAAACCGAGCCUGUCAUUUAUUUGGUUAGCACUAAGAGGGGAAACAAUCCAGCCAGACAGUGGAUUUGAUAUUUGGUAAGAGCAAUCCUUUUUAAACAGAGCCGGUAACAAAACCUUCCAGCCAACAAAGCACCAUGAUGUCGUCUGUGACGCCUUUUAUCCACUAGUUUGUUUCCACAUUUUUCUGGGUCCUUCACGUUGACAUUGAGGAAAGCCCUGGGGAGCUAUUGGGGUAGAGAUGGUUUCCAGACCGUUGUCCUUGCUGCUAACUUCGUCCGUCUUUCCCUGUUGGGAUGCAAGAUGCCUCCGCUCACCAUUUUGUCUUGUUUACAAUCCGAGAUGGAAAAGGGAGGAGGGGCAGGCAAAGGAAACGUGUCUUUGGUUUUAUAUUGAGCUGUUAGACAAACUUAAACUUUUCAUUGUGUGCAUUUUUUUGUAAAUUGUACAGUAAAAAAAAGAAAACAAAAAAGA